AUGGCCAAGCACGGCUGGAAAGAAGGCCAAUCUCUCGGCAACCGCGAAAGCGUUCACGUCGGCCUCAACGACACCGAUAGACUGGCAGCCGCUCGUGUCGGCGUACUUUUCAAAGACGACAAUUUGGGGCUCGGGGCCAAAAAGAAGAGCAAUGAUGUCGAGGCGCAGCGGACGGGCUUGGAUGCCUUCCAGGGCCUGCUGGGCAGACUCAAUGGGAAAAGUGAGACGGAACUCAAAGAGCAGGAGAAGAAGGUCGAGGAUCGAAAGCUGGCUAUGUAUGCUAAAGGGAAAUGGGGUGGGAUGGUUUUCGUCCGCGGAGGAGUUCUUGUGGGUGAUCGGGAGGAGGAGAAGAUGCAAUUAAAGACGACAGAGACAAAGAAGGCUGAAAAGGCCGACAAGGCCGAGAAGGAUACCCAGAAGGAUGCCAAGAAGGACACCGAAAAGGAAGGCCAGGAGAGCAGUACAGAGUUGACCGAGAAGCAGAAGAAGAAAGAAGAAAAGAGACGACGCAAGGAAGAAAAGGCCAGACGGCGGGAAGAAAAGGCGCUGAAAAAGGCUGCUAAAAAGUCCGCCGCCGGGGAAAAAGACAGAAAACACACGGAAACCAAUACGGGCUCUGCCGCUCCCCCGGUAAAUAUGCAUAGAUCUCCGCUCGCGCAAGCGCCCGAUGAGCCUGUCUCUUCGGCGUCUGGAAGUGAGGUUGAACCUAGUGAGGUAUCAGGGCGGAAGCGGAAGCGCAGAGGUUCUUCGGUUGCGAGUGGAGACAAAACCCCGAAGUUGGGAGACGAGGAGGCGGUGAAAGGACAGAAGUCAAGCGCACAGGGUGCGGCAGCGAAACUCAAUGUGAGCUUGAAGAAUGGCCGGCAUUUGCUUCGGGGCCGGAACAUCCAGGCGAAGAAGGCGGCUUUCUCGGAUCUCAAAGGCCUGGAUGAGAUCUUCAUGCGGCCUGGUUGA